AAGGUCUUCCCUGUAUAAGAAAGAAGAACAGAAUGGGAAAAUGUUACAAUGGAAAUCCUGAAACAUUCUCAUGUCGUAUAAGCUGACACCAUAACAAAGCGACCUAUAUUUGGCUGAGCUAAAUUCAAGGAUUGUUUGAUGCACGACUUCAAAUCUUGAGCCCUUUCCAAAAACCACAAUUUUCUUUUGUCGCAGACAUGAAAGGAAAAUCGUUAUCUUGGAUCAUGGAAUCGAUGUAGCCCGUGACUAAAAGGUGCUAAAAGACAAAUGAUACUUGAGGUCAACUCAGGGAAAGUUAUGUGCGAAACCAGGUUUGAAACUUGUUGCAUCACACUUUGGUCGAACCUCCUAUAAAAGGUGUCAAACUGUCAGUUAGAAAAUAGAGAAAAUAAAUUUUGUACUUGCUUUCGACUUACAGGUACGGUUUUAUCUUUUUUCCUUGUGGAAUAUUCUAUUGAAUUUAUAUUUGGGGUGACCUUCCAUGCAUAUUCAGUCGGCUAAUUCAGUUAUAGCUUGCCACAUGUUACAGCUAAUGUUUUUAUUCUUUCAACAUAACAUAUAAAUUUUACAUAACACUGAUCAUGGUUUUCCCACACGAGUGAAACGCGCCUCGACCUGAAGUUGUUACAGUUUCGCAAGAUAAACACGUGGUCUGGAGACGUGGCAGGAGCUUUCGCCUCCCGUCUUCAGUGAUGAAAAUUGUUUGUUCUCCCAGCCAAUAGGAAAUAGGUGUUAGAAGUCUUAUCCAAUCGGGAAUAAAUAAUGAAUGAGAGUUAUCAGCCAUUCUUUUCAUUGACGGCUCCUUUAAAACAAUGCAUCCACUGUCCAAUAAUACUUCCCGCUCAAUGGUAGCUUUGCACCUGUUGGGAAGCUGUCAAUUCGCAUAAAAAAUCAAGUUGCCACUGUGAAUUUUCGAUCGUUUUGGUAAUUUACCGGGGCUAAGCCUUAAAAACAGGACAGGGCGAAAAUGUCGAAGAGGAAACUGGAAGAAGAAGAUUCUUUGAGUACAACUAGUUCUGACAGCGCUGACAGUUUGGGAAAUGUCGAGGAAUAUCAAAGUGCGAAACGAAAUCGACGUGUCCGUUUCAGCGACAGAACAGUAUUCCAUUUUCCUCGUACACAAGGCUAUACGUGUGUGCCUUCGAACGGUGGAACAACGCUUGGGAUGAAACAUAAACACAGUUUUGUCGAAAGAACUCUGAUAUCCGAAGAAGAUCAGAGCGAAAGUGAUACAGAAGAUUCCUAUGAUAGUGUGGACAGCGACGAUGAACACAGUUUUAUGCCCAUUUCUCAAAAAGAUCGCAAAGACAUUUUGAAAGCGGCCGGCGUAAAGAAAAUCAACAAACAAGAAGCUAUUGACUGUAUGCAAAUUAGGUAUUCUCGGCAAAUUUGCGGAUGUUCGUGUAAAGACUUCUGUGAGCCCGACUCAUGCAGUUGUUAUUUAAAUGGAAUAAAUUGUCAAGUCGAUCGAGAUAGUUUUCCGUGUGGCUGUAGCCGUGAAGGAUGCCAGAACACUCACGGGCGCCAUGAGUAUGACCCGAUUACGGUUCGCCGUCAUUUUAUUGAAACAGUUUGGAAACUUCGAGGAGAGAAAUAUCUAUGGCGCGAAAAGAAACCCGAUCCACAACACGAUUCGAAUGAUUUGCAAGCUUCAAGACAAGUAAUGGGUCUUACUUCUGUUUCAUAGCUCAAACCAUACGUUAUAUUUAUGUUGUUAGAGUUGCAUACUGUAAGUUUAUAAGGAUAAAAAAGCGAAAGGUUUCUAACGAACAUUAAAUAUCGGAGCCACGACUCCGAGAUUGUGAUGUAUUAAAAUACGAAUUGUGUAAUAUCUUUAAGGGGUGCGAAAUCAGCCCGAAAUAAAACUUAUAUUUUUUAUUUGAAGA